CAUGCCAUCAUUACUCAGGUAGACGGAGAUACUCUUGUCCUGUCUCUCCUCGCUCUUUCCUGUUACUCUCAAUCCAAUCCAUCAUCCACCAUGUAUGAGUCCUAUCGCCCCCAUCCCCUGCUGGCUCAGGUCCCCCUGACCGUUUCCCCCUUCAUCAAUCUCCCCACUUCCGUCACUCUCCCCUACACCUACAAGUCCGUUCCCUCGACCAUCCCCCCUUCAGUAACAGUCGACUCAAGUAACCCCGAUGUCAAACCUCGCUAUGUGGUCUCAGCCAGUGGCGAGCAUGCUGCCUCCCCAGAAGAGAUCUUAGCAUCCUGCAACGCCCUCGAGCAGCACCUGAACAAGACGCGAGCCGAAGCCGAGAAGGCAAUCCGGGGCUGGGAGGACUCAAUCACCCAGCGCGACCUGGCAGAGAAGCGACGUGUGGCUCCCGGAUGGCUAGACAGAGACGAGAAACUACUUCAACCGAGUAACGCGGCUGCUGGCCCUAGAGCACAGGGCCAACCUCAACCUAGUCUCUUAGACAGCUCGUUCUCCGACCCCAGUGCGGCCGCACUACCGUCCAUGGUACCACGAGAUGAAGGUGAAGAAUUGGAUAGAGCAUUUGGUGGACUGGACGUGAAAUGAGAGCUGCGCGCAGAUGGUUUGAAAUACAACAUACCGGGGGUGGCUUCGGGGAAGGCCAUGAACCGCGCUGUGGCUGCUGAAACCGCUGCAGGUGGAUGCUAUGGGCCCUUGCUUUGGCGGGGAUAGUAGCGCACUCCUUCGUCCCAUGCCAGGAUAAAGUUCAAGCUUGUGCGCACCAUAAUCUGCAAGAGAUCACCAGUGCAGGGCGCUGUGCAUCUGAACUAGCUGAACCGCGGCAGUCCGCAACCUGCGCCAGCAAGAGCACAGCCAUAUAACCAUAUCUGGUACCCAUAAGCAGCUAGCUCAAACAAUCACCAAUAAACGAGCCUAGCAUCAAUCAUAAUAACAUCACAUAUUCCC